GAUUGGAUCUCUCUUUCGCUUUCUAUCUACAAAGGCUAAGCAUUUGUAACCUCCCAAAUCUCUCUCCAUUUACAACAUACGCAUUUCUUAAUUUCCCUUGCUUUUUUUUUUUUAACAAAAUCAGAUCUGUUAAUUCAAUCAGUGAUUUGUGUUUUCCAGGCGAUGGGAGAGAAUGUGGGCAAGGGGAAUGAGAUGAAAAUGAUGUUUGAUGAUGAAGAUUUUGGAGAGAGUAAGCAGCAGCUGCAGAAGAUUGAUCCUAGAAAAGCUCGGUUUCCGCAUUGCAUUGUGUGGACACCGCUUCCUGUCAUAUCAUGGUUGAUUCCCUUCAUUGGCCAUGUUGGUAUCUGUAGAGAGGAUGGAGUUAUUCUGGAUUUCGCUGGCCCUAAUUUUGUUUGCGUUGAUAAUUUCACCUUCGGAGCUGUUGCUCGCUACAUCCAGAUCAACAAAGAUAAGGACUGUUCCAUGUCUCUCCUUCCUACUGUAUUCAACAAUGGGGAUCAAUACGAGGAUGAACCUGGUACAGAUGCGUUGGCGUGGGAUGAUGCUAUACGAAAGGGCACACAGGAAUUCCAACACCACUCCUACAGCCUGUUCACUUGCAAUUGCCACUCAUUUGUUGCCAACAAUUUGAACCGAUUGGGGUUUCAUUCUGGUGGGUGGAAUGUGGUGAACCUUGCUACUUUGAUUUUCCUCAAGGGUCGUUGGGUGAGUACUGGAGCUAUGGUGCGAUCUUUCUUGCCAUUUGUUGUUGUAUGUGGUUUUGGGCUCAUAUUUGGUGGUAUGACCUUUCUAACAUUUUUGGCAUUCUUUACUUUCCUUCUUGUUGGUUGGUUUCUUCUGGGUACCUAUUGUUUCAAGGAUUUGAUCCAGUUGUAGAUUUUAUUUUAUUUUUUUGUUAUUUGAUCUUCUUCGUGUAUUAGAACCCUAGUUCAGCAAACUUAAGUUAAUUAAUGUGUAUACAUAAUUGAAAUUGUGAAAAUAUUAUAUGUAACUCAGCAGACAGAUGGAUUGAAGGUUUUGAUAGUUCAAUGCUUCUUUGGUACUA